AUGGUUGACCUUGUAAUGGAUGAAAUUCUUGCUAAGUUUGUGGUUGAUACUCAGUUCAAAUCCAAACCGAAAGGUGGCAACAUGGAUGACAAAUCCAUGAACAAUUCCGAAGAAGAGAUUGAUGCCUCUGUCAUGAUGAUGGAUCCUGAGAAGUACAUCACGUUUGUAAAAUUACAUGUUUUCCCAGAAUUGCAUGAUGCUGAUUUGGACAAACUUACAAAAGUUUAUGUUGAGCUGAGAAGAGAAUCAUCAGUAAGUUUUGUGAUUAAAACAAGUGUUUAUUAUCUUAGGACUUAUAACGCAAUAAAGGAUGAAUAG